ACAGGAGGAGCCGAGAUGAGGGCAGGAGCCAGAGGCUCCCUUGCCGAGAGUCGCUCUAGGACUUUCUCCUGCCUGGCGUGCGGGUGGGGAGGGGGCACCUCUGUGCCUUCCGCUGCUUGCUAGGCUGUGAUGUGCGGCACAGGCAUGCUCAGUAGCCGGUGCCUACCCCUCCUAUCUCAGCAACAGUGCCUACAGCACUAGGAGACUGCUUGCAGCAGAGCCGAGCGGAAAGCCAUCUUUGCUGGAGAAGGAGGGAAGGCAGCCGCCCCUGAGCCGCCCGGCAGCCGCCCCUGAGCCGCUCGGCACCCGCUCGCCCCGCACCAUGUCUGCUCCAGCUCCUACACAAGGUCCCACCAGUGCUGGGUCUUCAGGGCCACCUCCUGCUGCCAACAUAUCAAGCAACAAACGGCUGCAGCAGACACAAGCCCGGGUGGAUGAGGUGGUAGACAUCAUGAGAAUGAACGUGGACAAGGUGCUAGAAAGAGACCAGAAGCUAUCAGAGCUCGACAACCGCGCAGAUGCAUUGCAAGCAGGUGCCUCACAGUUUGAAACCAGUGCAGCCAAACUGAAGAGAAAAUACUGGUGGAAAAAUUGCAAGAUGAUGAUCAUCCUCGGUGUAGUAUGCGCAGUCAUUCUCAUUAUAAUUAUAAUUUAUUUCUCCACUUGAAAAAGCAAAGAAGGAAGACUUGGCACAACUUUGUUCAUAUCAACCAACGAUAUCAGUGUUCCUUUGUUGAACUCCGCUUUUUAAUUCCCAGUGUCUUGGGAUUUUUGCUUGUAAUAACCCAUAUGCAUUCAGUGUGGUGUGUUUUGGAAUUCUGUUGUUUCCACAAGAAACUGUACCAGCUAAAUACUGCCAAGUAGUUCCAUACACUGUCUUAUCACUGUGUCUUAAAAUGUGUACGCACUGACCUUCAGAAGCUGUAGUAUGUGAAAAGGCAUCCUAAACAUCUCGCAAUCAGAGAGUGCAGUUAUGGGGAAGCUCCUGCUUAAAGGGACACUGCCAGGUGCACUGGACCCAAAUCUAAGCUUGUAACAAAUACUAGGGCCAGAGUUAUCACUCUGAGCACAUAAAGUUGGAUGGGAAAAAUCCAUUAUUAGCUGUAACUUUUUGAGGUGGUAUCUACUACUGCCACUGAAGAGAGUGGUACCCACAAGUAUUCACUUAAGACAUUUAUACUUCAACAACCUAACACAGGUUUUUUUAUCUUAGCUGUAGUAGUCAAGUUUACAAACACUGCCUGCAGAAGAUAAGUAGGACUGGAUUAGCAUCUUGUAUGGAUGUCAGUUUUCCCCUGUGGGGUGUUCUGCAAAGCCAGAACCCCUUGGUAAGAAAAGCAGAAGGAAAACCACACAGUGCAAAAGCAUUAGCUAGCACAGUCUUGAAAAUGCCAGGUGAAACGCAGCAUCGCUUAUGGACAAGAUCCAGACUCUUCCCAAAAACUCAUGGCACUGUUUGUCAGACUUCUUGAAAUUCCAGUCCUCAGUACUUGGUGGCCCUGACUUAAAGCAUGUGAACACCUUUGGUGAUGUCUGUGGCUUCCCAGCAUGACUGUCGGAAGCUGUCUCUGCAUCACUUUGCAGAGAAAUGGUCCCCACCGUGAGGAUCAUUAAACAAUCAGGAAGAAGAAGAUAUGAGUAAACUGAGGGAAGAGGGGAGAGAGGCUGAGAAAGCAGAGGGUGCCUAGCAAAGCUUUCCUGCAGAAGAGGAAGGCAGAGCAGCACUGAUCCAGAGCAGUGGUGUUAAGAGGCUUUGACGAGACUUUAUUUGUGCCUGUGUAUAUAGCUAAUAAACUACAGUGCUGCCUGUGUCGAGUGCUCAGCUGAGAGAUUUUCUCACUUGAUUGCUUUAAACCAACUUCUUAUGUAACUAAGAGAAAUGCUGUAUUGCUGCCUGAGAGACAGUUCUUGCAUGCUGUUGUUGUAGGGUUUCUCCCAAAUGUUGAAUUCCUUUCUUUCCCUUCUCUUUUUGGUGCUGAAUAGCUUAAUCACAGCUAACCAAACUAAACCAGAAUCAUCACAUUUUAAGCCAGGAGAUUCUGAAAGGGUCUUUCUAGGAUGAAUCCUUCAGAGUUCCUCAGAGGAAAAAAAACACUGGAAUUUAAAAACUAAAUAAAUCUGUUUGGGUUUUGUGUUGUUUGGGUUUGUUUGGUUUGGGGGUUUUUGUCUGCUUGUUUGUCUCUGCAAUUUAAUGAGGGUAUGGAAAUGGUGAUAAUAGUAGUGUAAAUAUUCCCAUUGUGGAGCAUCUCUCUUGACAUGGUCUUAGAUUAAAGAACCAGAGGUCCAUCCCAGAGGGUUGCAGUUGAUGUAUAUACAAAUUGUGAUUAAGUAGGAUUUUUCAGAGAGAGUAAGCAGUGCAUUUUCCCCCCUAUAUGUUCACUACCUUCUACUCACAUAUAGUGCCUCACUGAGUAGUGAGUGAUGGCUUGCUACUUUCAGAGUUACUAAUGUGUUACUGAACUGCCUAGUAUGCUCUGCUGAUGUCAGUCAUUCAGCUGAGUAGAGACAUAAACAAUUCUGAAGUCUCCAUGGGCCAGACAGACAACUCUGUUGUGGUGAAGGACUUGCCUCCAGGAGGUGCCACAGCUGAAUGCUGUGUGCAACUGAGCCUUCGUUGGGAAAGGAAUAAGCUGUCCAACUUCAGGACCCCUUCUAAACUGCUAAGAAAUUUGGCUGGUAUGAAAGAAUUAUUUCCUAAGAGUGAGACCCUGCCACUCCUACCCAUGUUGAGCACGGAUGAUCCUCAGAGGGCUCCUCUACAGGAAUGGGAAAGGACACAUCAGACAUGAGAUCUCACUGGAGAUGGUACAGUCAGUAAGGUUAUAUCCUUCACAUACCCAAUGCCUUCUCCUAUCACAGUCUUAACCGACUAUACUGAUAUGGCUGCAAAUACACACCAAAGAGGAAUCCUCUAGCUACAGAGAUGCAAAGUUUCCAAGUAACACUGCAUCCUUCCACGUUUUGCAUGCUUCCAGCUAAUGUAUCACAAGAAAGUUAAUCAUCUGAGUGGGAGCUUCAGGGAGAGAGUAGAGAGACUGCUGGUUGUGGAACGCGUGCUCAUUCUCCCUCAAAACAGUAACUGAUGGGAUGACUGCUAAACGUUGGUGAGCAUUUGCAAGGAAGAAUUUAGUCAAGAAACUUAGCCUUUAAUGGGUGUAAAAUGUUUGUGUGCUAGUGAAAUAUGCUCAAUUAAUGUGUUUUACUCUUCUAAAGUAGUUUGCAUGUAGAGUGCUCAAUGUUUGCUAGUUGUGCUGUGUUGGUUGAUUGCUAUAGGUAAGCUAAGGCAUGUAGCAUUUCAAAUCCAGCCCAGGAAGCAUGAACAAGUAUGUCCUUCCCUAAUGCACAGACCUGGUGCCACUCCUGCAGAGGAUGGUAGUACAGGGCCAUCCAGGGUCAUAGAUUGCAAAACAUCAUCACCUAUAUGUGAGCUUGUACAGAGGACGAUCUAUACAAGCACAGUUGGAGCUCUUAUUUGUGUUGGAGCCAGGAUUGAUUGCUUUCCACUCACUGCCUCUACACUUAAAAUGUCCAUGCAGUCACAACUGCCUGCUCGUAACAGUACAUUUCCCAGGAAAAGGUUUACUCAUUCCUGUUUAGUCAGCACUGCUUAGAUAUUCAAUUUCUGAGUAGAAUUUCAACUACUACCCUUCAUUACUAACUACUGUCUAGGCUUUAACCUUGGGCUGCUAAAAAGGCACAAAAGGGCUUCCUUUUACCUGCUCCCUAGCAAUAACUUAGGGGGCUGCAAGGACAAUUGCUUUCUGACUGCCAUCUUGGGGACUUAAUUGAAGACUUCUUUGCUAGAGAACGAGGAUUAUGACUGUUUCAGCCAGAGUCAGACAUCGAGGCUUGUGUGUUUUGUCCUUGCAGGAUGCACUUUCUCUUGCUCUGGUUUCUGGGCCACAGCUGUACAGCAAAGAUGUCAGUAUGAUAGGCUAUUCAGAAACAGCACAGCUGAAAUGCGAUGGUUAGGAGCUGGGUCUGUGCUUGUACCACAGCUGCUCUUUGGCUUGCCAAUGAGUGCUCAUCAGCUUCUGCUGUUGAAGAACUGUUAAUCGCAUCCACAGGCUGUUGAAGUCCUGCUUGGGCAUUGUAACUUCUUCCUUCUAAUUUAGCUCUCCUCAUGAUAACAUAAAAGUGACUUUAAACCUGACAAACUUGGUACACAGAACUUGCAGAAGUAAGCAACUGGGAAGUCCAAACAGGGCACUUGACCUGAUUCUCACCUGACAACAUUACAUAACAGCACACUGAAUCCAACGUAAUCCAAUAUUAUGGAUGGAGGAGGGGAGAAUCUGAUAAUGGUUCUGAAUGUAAGCUAGGGUCUGUAAAAAAAGAAGUGGUUUAGAAAUGUAGACAGUUUGACUUUUGUAUCUGGCACUUUAAUUCUAUUGGAACCUGCAUGAGGUUAGCCCUGGAACCGUGCAGGCAAAUAAACUGCUUGGCUUUUUGUUUUUAAAUAGGGAUCUGCAAUACGUGACUUAAAUACUUUGAUGGGAGAACAGAAUGAAACAUCAUUAACUGUAUAAGGAUCUAAUUAGAACAGCCACAAUCUACUGUUUCGUCUGGGUAGUGAGA